UGCUCGCUGGCCCUAGUAACGGACCCCGGAAGCGCGCGCCGGUGUGCCCGGGAAAGAGCUCCUCCGGAGCCGUGCCCUCUUAGGGUCCGUCUGACCUUUCAGACUCGGGCUCUUUCUGAGGUGGAGAGCAGAACCGGAGAGCCGGGGGCUGAGGCGCCGGGAGCUGUAGGCCGCUCUGGGGGCUGUGCAGGUGUAUCUGCUCUUCUUUUUUGUAUUGAAAUGAUGUCUCCUAAAUCCACCUAUAUAUUUCCAAGAGACAAAGAUAGCAAAUCAGAAUCACAAAACACUCUUUAAGUAAAGAAGAUCCCCUUCAAAACUUAUGCUUAGCAUCUCAGGAAGUUCUACAAAAAAGCCCAGCAGAGUGGUAGAUCCAAAUGUCUCAAAUGUGGAGGCUCAAGAAUGUUCUACUGCUACACAAGUUAUGUUCCAGUUGAAACCUGUCCCAGUUGAACAAAUUCCAGUUGUGAAGCUUCCAUUUAAGAUUGACAUUAUUAAACAUCCUCAUGAGACAGAUGGCAAAAGUACUGCAGCACAUGCUAAACUUUUAGCACCUGAAGACGUGAAUCUUUACACAUAUCCUUGCAUUCCAGAAUAUGAAGAAAAGAAGCAUGAAAUUGUACUUGUUUUUCCUGGUCCCAAUUCUGUCUCAGUAGAAGAUAUUUCUCUUCAUUUGCAUAAAUAUAUCACAAGUAAUACUUUGUAUAGUAGCAAAAAUGACAGACCUGACGUACCUAAUAAGCGCCAAAAAAUGGAAAUAGAAGAGAAUGGAGAUGCAGGGGACAGCAGCAAGAAGGGAGGCACCUUGCUGAAGAAAGUCAUAUUUAUAGAUAGUACCUGGAACCAGACCCACAAAAUAAUCGCUGAUGAACGACUUCAAGGGUUAUUACAAGUUGAGUUGAAGACAAGGAAAACUUGCUUUUGGCGUCAUCAGAAAGGAAAGCCAGACACCUUCCUUUCCACAAUUGAAGCUAUUUACUAUUUUUUGGUAGAUUACCACACUGCUUUUUUAAAAGAGCAGUACAAAGGACAAUAUGACAACCUUCUCUUUUUCUAUUCAUUUAUGUACCAACUGAUUAAAAAUGCCAAGAGUUCUUCAGGAAGGCAGCAAGAAAAUAAUGCUAUUAAUUUGUAAAGAGAAUAACUCAUUAAAUUUUGUUACUGUCAUGUUUGAUAAACUUGUAAUGAACAUUCUGCUCUGUUUUUUUUUAACCAACUAAGAAAUCUUAACCUAUUUGUGCUUAGAGUAAUGGUUGCCAAACAGAAUAGCUGUUAAAAAAUUUUAAAAAAAUUUAAGUAUAUGACUGGUGGUCUCUUUUUACACAUGGCAAAAGUAAAUAUGGAUGUCCAAGGAGUUGUUUAGAAAGGUUGACUAAGAACAGUCAUUUAAAAAUUCUUGUGGUAGGCAACAUAUUAGCCUUGCGUUUGACACAGUUAGUUUAAAUUGUAUUCAUAUGCUGUAUUUCAAAAUUAUUUUGAUAACAUAAUUUAUGUAAUAGCCCUGUGAGGUAGCUAGAGUGGUUAUUGAUGUCUUCAUUUUACACACUAGAAAACUAUGUCAAUGAGGAAUUUAGUGAUUUCUUUAAGGUUAUGUAGCUUAAUGAGGUGUAGUGACAGAACCAAAACCGUGGGUCUCCUGAUUCCAGAAGUGUUUUUAGUUGACUUUUCCUUCUCUUACAUCUUGAAUGCCUAAUUGUGUCUUCUAUCAGUUUACCUUUCCCAAAGAAAUACAAUGUUUGUUACAAUCUUAAGAUUUGUAAAUAGAAAUCCAGGUGCCAAUCCUACAAACAUUUUAAAAAAUUACAAGUAGAAUUAAGUUCUAUUUCACUGAAUAGGAUUGCAUUAGAACAAGAAAAGUUUAUAAGAUUCUAUGUGCUAUCACAAAUGAUCAGAGAAACAUAUUAUCCGAUUGAGGAUUAUAUGAUCCAAAUUAAUUAAUUGAAAAGAAUAUAUUUGGCCUUAAGAGAUUUAGUUCCAUUUUGUCUUUUUAACCUUUUAUUUAUAUAUGUGUGGAUUGUAUGUUAAUAUUUAUUGCUCUGUACUUUUAUUUUAAUACAUAUCACUAUGUCACAACUCCAUUCUGACAACAAAGAUGAACAUCAACGAGGCCUAUACCUAUGCUCUUAAAGGAAAGGAGAAUCAGCAAGGGGCACAGGAAAAAACUAGUACUCUUAUGUCGUGGGCAUAAUUCAAAGGAUCCUUAAUCUCUUUAGAAGUAGGUCCCCUUUCUCCUGAGACAAAUUGUACUUUGUCUUUUCCAUAUCUUUCCACAAAUCCUCCACGGGGAAUCUACCUAAUGCUCUGGAGUCCUUCACUUGGGUUCUCCAAUCUAAUUUUGUUAUGAUUGUUAAUGCUCCUCAAUUCUGUUGUUUAGCAGGUUAGUUACCCCUUCCAGUUUCAUGUCACUAACAAAUUUGAUAACCAUGCCAUUGAUUCCUUCAUCUGAGUCAAUGAUAAAAAUGUUCAAGGAAACCAAUUCAAAGAUACCACCCUGGGACACUCCAUUAGUGACCUUCUAGAGGAAGGCCUUCAGUGCUAGGCCAGUGAUCAUUUUCCUUUCACUUUUCUGGGUUGUAACAGCUAGCUAAGAACCCUUCAUUAUAUGUGUAAAGUUUGGAUUUUUUCCUUAGACAUUGACUAGCCAUAUGACCAUUUUUCUGAGAUUCAGUUUCCUUAUCUGCAAAAUAGAGAUAAUACUACCUGGAGUGCUUACUUCAUAGCUUUGUUAUAUAUAAGGUGAGGUUUCAAUGAGAUGAUGUCUGUAAUUUGCAAA